AUGUCUGAUAUGGUACGAGUCAUAUCAGUCGAGUGGAUGGCUGUGUGCUGGAAUCUUUCCACCAACCCUCUUAAUGUCCCUGUGAUGUUUAACGAGCUGUUAUAUCUGAGUGCGGGUUGGCCUGCGGGUUGCGCCCACAACAUCUCCAUGUUCAUCACGGCUUACAUAACGGUGGAGAGAUACCUCUGCACGGUGCUGCCCCUGAAGAUCAAGAAAAUCAUCACCCCGAGAAGAACCGUGGCGGUCAUUAUAAGCAUCUAUAUUGCCUGCUUUGCUUACGUAGUCCCGGAGUACGCCUACGUUUACUACGACUGGAACUUCUACCCUGCUCUGAACAGAACGAUGCUGGGGCUGGCUUUCAGGAGCGAAUUCCAGGAUCUGAAAGGCCUUUCAUUUUUAAUUCACGCCAUCCUGGUAGUAUCAGGGCUUUUCAGUGUUAGCCUUUUCAGCGUUCUGCUUGUGGCACAGUUGAAGAGGCAAACAAGCUGGAGAAAGAUGCACACCAGAAGUGAAAUUCAGACGGAGUCCUUGACGGCUCGUGACCGGAAGUCAUCAGUCCUCAUAGCUGUGCUGGCGGUUGUCAUGGCGCUAGUUGACGUUCCCUUGGUUACCUUGUCGUUGGUGCAAUCCUUUGUGAAAGACUUUAGCGCCUACGGGAGACAAUCCAAUCUUUUCCAUGUCGCUUGGUCUUUUGUGUUUAUCGGCGUGGUCUUUCAACCCAGCAUGAACUUUGUCGUCUGCUACAAAAUGAGUUCUAAAUAUAGACAAACAAUCGGAAACAUUUGCUCUUGUUUUUACCAUUCACCGAAAGUAAACACUUAA